ACAGAGAGAGGCAGAGAGAGUCGGGGAGGUCGAGGCAGCAGCAGCAACAGCAGCAGCGGGGUUGUACUGUAAGCUCUGGUUGAGAAGAGCGAAGGUUGCCUGGCCGAUUCCUCAGUUUCCCCCCUGCUUCCCUCAGAAUCAAACCACCUCCCUCCCUCCCUCCCUUCCUUCCUCUCAGCCGGACUGACCCGCAUGUGAAGCGUGUGACGGCGGCUGCGUGAAGACCGAAGACGGGGCCAAACUGGAGCUCCACUGCGGUCUUACAGUUACUCCUGAAAUAACGAGGAUGUCCAGUGGAAAACAGGCAGUGUAUAGGAGUAACAGGCGCAGUGUAUAGGGCUGACAUGCUGACUGUUUUCACAAAUGCCAACUCAAAUAGAGACGCACCUCUGAUGCCUCCGACCCGUCUGAGCUCAUGGUGUGUGUGAGCUGGGAUAAACUAGUGGCCUGGCCCAAGAGUGCAGAGAUAAAGCCCACACAGGAUGUCGUGGGCCAGAGACCUCUUCAGAGGCAGAACGGAUGAGCGAAAGACUGCAUGGGGAGAGCGCAAUGGCAAAAAAAGGAAGGACAGUUCAUCACUGUGCAACCCACACUAUAUGAGCUGCCUGAGAGACCCUGAGGACCUGGAGCCCCCUGAUGCAGCCUCUAAACAUUACAGCUGCGCAGCAGGCACCAGCGGGGGCCACUUUGGUGUGCGCUGUGGAUGGCAGGAGGACCACUACAGGACAAGGAUGGGUGGCGGCGGUGGGGAUCUGGGUCUUAAGGCAGUGGAUCUAGGCUUUGAGGAUGGUGAUCUGAAAGGGAGGAAAGAUGAGGAAUCAGGGGAGUUAGCGGAGGGCAGCUGUAAGGCGAUGUCUCUGCUGGACUGCUGGAGACGGUUUAUUUGGAUUUUCCAAUCCAAGAAAUUUCAGUCUGCCAAGCUGGAGCGUCUCUAUCAGCGCUACUUCUUCAGGCUCAACCAGAGCUCUCUGACCAUGCUUAUGGGGAUGCUGGUGGUGGUUUGCGGAGUCAUCCUGGCUAUUUACUGCAUCCACCGGACCCCCCACAAAGGUGGUAUAGCCUAUAUCUCAGUACUCUCAGUGGCCAUGGCUCUCUUCCUUGCCAUGAUGGUGGUGUGCAACCGUAACGGCUUCCACCAGGACUACAUGUGGAUCGUGAGCUACCUGGUGAUUGGGUUGUUAAUCGUGGUGCAGGUAUUUGGGGCGUGGGUGGUUUACCCCCCCAGUGCGUCAGAGGGCAUCUGGUGGACAGUUUUCUUUAUCUAUAUUAUCUACACGUUGCUGCCAGUCAGGAUGAGAGCUGCUGUGGUCUGUGGAGCUGUGCUGUCCAUCAUAAAUGUAGUGACCGCCUGGCAGCUCAACCCGAAGCACCAGUUUGUCCUUGAACAGAUUAGUGCCAACGUGCUGAUCUUCCUGUGUACUAACAUGAUCGGGAUCUGUACCCACUACCCUGCUGAGGUCUCCCAGAGACAAGCCUUCCAGGAGACGAGAGGAUAUAUCCAGGCCAGACUGCACCUGCAGAGGGAAAACCAGCAGCAGGAGCGCCUUCUGCUGUCAGUGCUGCCAAGGCAUGUUGCCAUGGAGAUGAAGGCUGAUAUCAAUGCCAAGAAGGAAGAUAUGAUGUUCCACAAGAUCUACAUCCAAAAGCACGACAACGUCAGCAUCCUGUUUGCAGACAUCGAGGGCUUCACCAGCCUGGCAUCACAGUGCACAGCGCAGGAGCUGGUCAUGACACUGAACGAGCUGUUCGCCCGCUUCGACAAGCUGGCCUCGGAGAACCACUGCCUUCGUAUAAAAAUCCUCGGGGACUGUUACUACUGUGUGUCAGGGCUGCCUGAGCCGCGGGCUGACCACGCCCACUGCUGUGUAGAGAUGGGAGUAGACAUGAUCGAGGCCAUCUCACUUGUAAGAGAGGUGACGGGUGUGAAUGUGAACAUGCGGGUGGGCAUUCACAGUGGGCGUGUUCACUGUGGUGUGCUGGGCCUCCGCAAGUGGCAGUUUGAUGUCUGGUCCAAUGACGUGACACUCGCCAACCAAAUGGAGGCAGGGGGGAAAGCUGGGCGUAUCCACAUCACCAAAGCCACACUGCAGUAUCUGAACGACGACUAUGAGGUGGAGCCAGGAUUUGGAGGAGAGAGGAAUGCGUACUUGAAGGAGAACAACAUUGAAACCUUCUUGGUGCUGGGCUGCAGCCAGAAGAGGAAAGAGGAGAAAGCCAUGAUGGCCAAGAUGCAACGAGCACGUGCAAAUUCUGCUGAGGGAUUGAUGCCACGCUGGGUGCCUGACAGAUCCUUCUCCAGAACUAAGGAGUCCAAAGUCUUCAGGCAGAUGGGCAUCGAUGAAGCAUCCAGCAAAGACAACCGCUGCGCUCAGGAGGCUCUGAACCCUGAGGAUGAGGUGGACGAAUUUCUUGGACGGGCCAUCGAUGCUCGUAGCAUUGACCAGCUGAGGAAGGACCACGUCAAGAAGUUCUUUCUCACGUUUCAGACCACUGACCUCGAGAAAAAGUACUCCAAAAAGGUUGACGACCGUUUUGGGGGAUACGUGGCCUGCACACUCCUUGUUUUUUGCUGCAUCUGUUUCAUUCAGAUUAUCAUUUUUCCUAACACACUACUUAUGUUUGGCCUUUACAUCGCCAUCUUCAUCAUCCUCGCCAACAUCCUCUUUAUCUGUGCCAUCUACUCCUGCAUCAAACACUUCCCAGCUGCCUUGCAGACUCUAACCAAGAAGAUAGUCCAGUCUCGUGCAAACAGCACACUGGUGGGCGUCCUUACCAUCCUCCUCCUCUUCAUUUCCUCCUUUGCAAAAAUGUUUACCUGCAGCAGAGAUAAUGUGCUGGAGUGUGUAACCAAGGGGCUGAGCACAGACGUAUCUCCCUGCCUGCUGUACAACCUGACACAGACAGCAAAGGACGGUUUGAUUGCGUGUUCCAGCCAGGUCAGGCCCUGCCAUUUUCCCGAGUAUUUCAGCUACAGUGUACUGCUGACCCUGCUGGCCUGCUCCGUGUUCCUCCACAUCAGCAGCAUCGGGAAGCUGGCCCUGAUGCUGCUCAUCCAGCUCACUUACCUCCUCCUAGUGGAGUGGCCUCAAGUUGUCCUGUUUGACAAUGCAGACAAGCUGGCCCGUGCUUACACCCUGCACGUCCUCAAUGGAACUACUGAAGAGUGCCAGGAAGCUGUGACAAAGUUGCCCCUUAAGGUCUUGACCCCCAUAAUCCUUACAGUGUUUGUUCUGGCUCUAUACCUGCACGGCCAGCAGGUGGAGUCGACUGCACGCCUUGACUUCCUCUGGAAGCUGCAGGCCACAGAGGAGAAGGAGGAGAUGGAGGAGCUGCAGGCAUACAAUCGCCGCCUGCUUCACAACAUCCUUCCCAAGGAUGUAGCUGCCCACUUUCUAGCACGUGAGCGUCGGAAUGACGAGUUGUACUACCAGUCGUGUGAGUGUGUCGCUGUCAUGUUUGCCUCCAUCAGCAACUUUUCAGAGUUUUACGUGGAGCUGGAGGCAAACAACGAGGGGGUGGAGUGCCUCAGACUGCUCAACGAGAUCAUCGCUGAUUUUGACGAGAUCAUCAGUGAGGACAGGUUCCGUCAGCUGGAGAAAAUAAAGACCAUCGGCUCCACCUACAUGGCAGCCUCCGGACUAAACGAUUCCACCUACGACAGAGAAGGUCGCUCGCACAUCCUGGCUCUGGCCGACUAUGCCAUGAGGCUCAGGGAACAGAUGAAAUACAUCAAUGAGCACUCCUUCAACAACUUUCAGAUGAAGAUAGGGUUAAACAUGGGGCCGGUGGUAGCAGGGGUGAUUGGAGCCAGGAAGCCUCAGUAUGAUAUCUGGGGGAACACAGUGAAUGUGGCCAGCCGGAUGGACAGCACAGGAGUGCCAGACUACAUCCAGGUGACCACAGACUUACACCACGUGCUGGCCAACAACGGAUACCAGAUGGACUGUCGCGGUGUUGUUAAGGUGAAGGGGAAGGGGGAGAUGACCACUUACUUCCUCACCAGCGGCCCCCCAGGCAGUUAACACUGAGAGAGGCCGACCGCAGUGUGACUCCCACUGCACUGACACAACAGAGACUGCAAAGACACUGAGAGGUCAGCUCGGCAACGAGUGCCGCAGCACAGUGUGAUGAACACAGCGGGGACAGGAGGAGACGGGCCUGCAGCGUCGAGCUUGGCCUGCCUGUAUGAUGUCACGGACUCAGACGCGCACAUGUAGGACGUUGUAAAGUCUUUUUUCCAAGCUGCUCAAGAGAUCACGAAGCCCAGUUGCCUUAGAACGGAAGUGCUAUGCUUGUGUUUAUGAGCAAUAGUACAAGUAUUUCCUCUGGAGUCUUUAUUUAUUUUUGUGCAGAUGGAUUUUUGUGAUGUACAAAAAAAAAAUCUAUGAGUCAGCAAAACAUGUUACUUAAAAGAAAAUAUGCAAGGACAAGAUGAAGGAUGAAAAUGACCAAAGAACAAAUGUUUCAUAUGAAACAAACGCUAAUGAUUCUUUUCGAAAGUUCAGUGACCUUAAAUAAUGUAUUCAUCCUUUCACAAUAAAGGCCACGGUAACAUCACUGUUGGUGGUAGAGACAAACGUUUUUUUUAUUGUGGACUUAUCCAUGAAGGAGACCACAGGCACAUGUGCACAUACACAGGUAGAAAACACUCACAAUAACCUUGGCUUGGACUUCUUAGUUUUGUACCAAGGCUUUCAUUUGUUUCUUCCAGCCUGUGAUUACUCACAGUCUGUUUGUGGUUCACUGAAAUGUACGAAUGAUAAACCUGCUCCCUGCAAUCUAUUUUUGGUUAAAGCCAAAAUCAUGAAGUAUGAAAUGAAGGAAGGAAUAGUUGCAUUAGCAUCACGGUACUAAAGAGAGACUGUUAACUGACAUGUUUUAUAAAAGUGUGUUUGAGUAGACAGUAUGUAUGGGUGUUUGGGUGUGUUUGUGUGUGUGGGUGUGUGCACACGUAGCCGGAUGCUGAUCUUUAUCUAUAAAGGGGCAUACUGUAACUUUUCACUGUAAGGUUUUUAUGAUACUGUACGACAAUGCUUUCUUGCCAAACUGGUUGCUGCAAGGCAUGUUUUAUAUUUUAUUUCUUUGGAGUUGUGUGCCCAUUCCUGAUUUCUUGUGUCAAAAUGAAGGGAGUUGUGUCUACAGCGCCUUUGACUGGACUGUGAUUCUGACUGCUUUCAUUCCAACCUAAAUAAGCAAAAGCGUUUGAAACAUAUAUUUUGGAUUGUGUGACAUAAUGUGAACGUACAUUGGUUGCUGUAUGCAGGAUUCUCCUUCUGCUCACACUUAUUGCCUUGAGAUUAUGCAGUUCCAGGAUCCACAUACAUCCUGGACCAAUGUUCACACCUUUACACAACAGUAUUUGACCCUUUAUGGUUGUGUUUGGCACAUGGAGUGUCCCCCCCCCCCCCCCCCCCCCCCCCCACAAAAUGAGUAGUUUAAAACAAUACGAAUGUAAUAAUGAAUAUUUUUGUCCACAGGACUACCACUGAAGAAAACCACUCUUUACAUUGCCUUUGGUACUGAGAAGGGAGCUUAAUUGUUUUACUUGAGGCCUAAGUGAUUUCACUUCAUGUCUGCUUAGAAGUAAAGGUGUAUUUCAUAUUGAGAUGAUUUUUACACCAGGUGUUACUAUGCUCAAUUUUCUGUCUGAGCCUAAGAAUGCAGCCUUUAGAGGCUACAAAAUGUCCUCAAUAUUGCCUAUUAUUUUCUCCACUUCAAAUGAAAGGUCAACUAAACACUGUUGCAUUUUAUUUAAAAAAUGGUGGAGUAACAGCAAUUUUUUAUUUGAUUAAUUUUCCCUUGGAUUAGAAAUUAAUAAACGGCUGUUUUGCA